AUGGCAAGAGAAAUCAAAUGUUAUUCACCAAAUUGGUAUCUUUGGAUGGGUAUCAAUCCCGUACCUUCUUAUUGUCCGAUAACGAAUAAUAUAAAUCGACUGUUCAAUAUUAUAAAUCAGACAUUACAGACAAGCUAUGCUGCGGAUUGGAACGGUUGGGCUGGUAUAAAUCCAAUUCCUUCAUAUUGUCCAAUUGUGAACAACAUCAACAGACUAUUUGAUAUAAUCAAUCAACAUUUUUUCCAGGGAGCGCAAGUCGAACGUGCUGAUUGGACGGGUUGGGUCGGUGUAAACCCAAUUCCUUCUUAUUGCCCGAUUAUAAUCAACAUAAAUAGACUUUUUGCUCUAGUUUCGCGCUUCUGUUAG